AUGCAAUUAUAUUUUGGUGUUGCAACAUUUGGAUGUUGUUUGAUAUCUACGGCGUUAUUGUGUAUGGCAGCUGAGAAUCAAUUGAAGAGGAUUGGACAUAGUUAUAUGGCGAGUAUUAUGCGUCAAGAUAUGGAAUGGUUUGAUGGUCAGGAUAGUGGGAAGUUGGCGGCUCGAAUAUCUGAGUCUAUGGUGGCUAUUAGGAAAGGAUAUGGAGCAAAGUUGGCUCAGAUGUGGUUCUUCUUGGCAAUGUUUUUCGGAGGUUAUAUAAUCGCAUUAAUUCGUAAUUGGAAGAUCUCACUUGUUGUCUCUAGUUGUUUACCUUUAAUGGGUUUAGCUACGAUGGGGUUCUUUUGGUUCUUUAGUAGGAAUGAUAAGCUUCAACGUGAAUCAUAUGAAGAGAGUGCUAGUAUAUUAGAAGAGACAUUAUUGGCCCUUCGUACUGUAGUAUCGUUUGGACUGGAAUCUAGAACAAUUGAUUUGUUUUCACGAUCACUUGAUAGUGUUCGGAAACAAGUGCUGUUUAGCUGUAUCGCUAUUGGUGGUACUUUUGGUGCUAUUUUUGGCGUCUUUUACUGGAGUGAAGCAUUAGGAUUCUGGUAUGGUGCCAAGUUGAUUGCUGAUGAUAUUACUAAAUAUGGUAUAGAAUGCUUCGACCUACAAAAUAACAAAUGUAUGACUGGUGGAACGGUGUUGUCCGUUUUCUUUAUUGUCAUAACAUCAAUGUUCUCCAUAGGACAAUGCGCCCCUUGUCUAGGUAAUCUUACCGAAGCAAUGGGGUGUGUUAACUCUUUAAGAAAAGUCAUUGAAAGACAAUCAAAAAUCGUUCCUAAUGAUAUAAAUCUUCCAGACUUCGAACAAGUUACAGGCGAUAUCGAAUUGAGAAAUGUUAAGUUCCAUUAUCCCAAUAGACCUGAUACUUCUGUCUAUGAAAAUCUAAACCUAAAAAUUCCCGCAGGAAAAUCCAUUGCCCUCGUAGGAGAAUCCGGCUGUGGCAAAAGCACCAUUGUUCAGUUAUUGGAACGCUACUACGAUAUUACUGAAGGACAACUUUUGGUAGAUGGUAUUGAACUACGGGAGAGGAAUCUUCAGUCAUUCAGAAAAUAUGUAGCACUCGUUUCUCAAGAGCCACGCUUAUUCGCUACCAGCAUUCUAGAAAAUAUUCGCGCAGGACGAACCACGGCCUCUGAUGAAGAAUGUUAUCAAGCUGCGAAACAGGCAAACGCGCAUAAUUUCAUAACAGAGUUUCCCAAAAAAUAUCACACGUUUGUAGGAGAAGGAGGCGGACAACUCUCGGGUGGUCAGAAGCAGAGAAUUGCUAUCGCCAGGGCCAUUUUACGCGACCCUUCAAUUUUAAUAUUGGAUGAGGCAACCUCAGCUUUGGACAAUGAGAGCGAAAAAAUAGUUCAAGACGCUCUUGACAAGCUGGUUGAAAUGAAGAAACGUACCACUAUCAUUAUCGCUCAUAGGCUGACUACUAUACGCCGGGCAGACAUGAUAGCAGUCUUUGAGAAAAAGGGCCAAGCUCAAGGCUCGGUCAUUGCUGAACUGGGCACGCACGAUGAAUUGAUGAGCAUUGACAAUGGCAUUUACCGUCAGCUAGUGCAAGCUCAGACACUGAAGAACGUAGAGGAGGCUGCAGAGAUAGCGGAAACCAUUGAGGAUCUGCCAGCAAGAUCUUCUUCGAUCGCUAACAUGGUUCGAAAGUAUAGCUCUCGAAACAGUCGGUCACAUUCCAAGACCCGAUUCGGCUCACGACUUGGUUCAAAAUUCGGGUCCAAGAAUGGCUCUAGAUUAAGCCGUUUGGGCAGCAAGGAUGAGCAGGAUGGAGCAGGUGGAGGUGGCUGUUUUGGAAUCGGUACGAAGAAGACGACUGCGGCAGCGGCGGAAGAGCCUAUGAAGGUUGUGCCGCUUUCCCGUCAAAUGAAGCUGCUGAAAGAACACCCAAUGCUUACGCUAGGUGCUGCGGUGGGCGCGGUGUGUGACGGUUGCGCUAUGCCCGUGUACGUGAUAUUGUUUG